AUGAAUCCAUCCUCUCCCUCAGCACGCUCUUCCCAGGGCUCCCCUACUCCGAAUACACAAAGCACACCUAGCCAUCGUCCAAGCCCGCGCCAACCCCAAAGCUCAGGCACACCACCUAACAACUCAGGGAACGCCCCGAUCCCAGAUGACGAUCAUGGCGCUGAUCUACCGAUGAAUAUGUCGGCAUCGGUUAUGCUAACCAAUUUACCCCGUGAUGCGCACCAAGCACUCGCCGAUGUUGAGGGUAUUGACUCGGGGAAAGUUACUGUUCGCUUUCAGCCUCUUCCUUCGGCCCCUAUUCUGAAGAAUCGGGUAUUCAAGGUUAGCGCUUCGCAGAAAUUUGAAACGGUUGUCAAGUUUCUGCGCAAGAAGCUGGACUGCAAAGAGACAGACUCCGUCUUUUGUUAUGUUAACAGUGUGUUUGCGCCCGGGCUAGAUGAAGGCAUGGGCGGACUAUGGAGGUGUUUCAAGACGGACGAUCAAUUGAUUGUCGCUUAUUCAAUGACGCCAGCGUUCGGCUGA